AAAGCGCCGGCCGUGUGCGCGUGGCCGUCUUUAGCAGCUUUCUUUGUCGUGUGGCCAUGUGGAUUUGUUGAUUAAUAGUUGAAGAUACCAGAUAGUGCCGAUAAAAUGGUUAAAGCGAAGAAAGUCAAAAUAUCAAAAGGCGGCCCCAAAAUAGGGCUGGCUGAUCAAAUAGAACUCGAGAAAACGGUGAAAUUCAAAAAUAGACAAAAAGUCAGGCACCGGACCGACGAAGACGAAGAGUAUGUAGCUCCUACUCUGACGAAAAAGAUCCUGUCGCAAGCCAGGCAACAACAGCAAGAGCUCGAGGAGGAGGUCGGUUUAAGCGAUUCCACGAGCGUGAAGAAACCGACAGUAAAACUAGGAACUGACUUCAGCGAUGUGGAGGAGUCCAGUGACGAAGAGAAGGUGGAAGACAUCCCUUACUACGAGAACAUCGAAAUAAACGAGGAGGAUGAACGCGCGUUGCAGAUGUUCAUGUCCAAAGACCCGGUGCCCACGAGGACGCUGGCGGACAUAAUAUUGGAGAAACUGACGGAGAAGAAAACUGAGAUCGAGACACAGUUCUCAGAUGCUGGCACUAUACAGCUUCAGGAACUAGAUCCGCGAGUCAAGACGAUGUACGAGGGCGUCAGAGACGUCCUGGCCAAGUAUCGCAGCGGCAAAUUGCCGAAAGCUUUCAAGAUAAUACCCAGCCUCAGAAACUGGGAACAGAUUCUCUACAUCACAAACCCACCACAGUGGUCCGCCGCUGCUAUGUACCAAGCAACCAGGAUAUUCGCUUCCAACCUGAAGGAAAAGAUGGCCCAGAGGUUCUACAAUCUGGUCCUGCUACCGCGAAUCCGGGACGAUUUGGCAGAAUACAAAAGACUGAACUUUCACCUGUAUCAAGCGCUGAGGAAGGCGCUCUACAAGCCAGCUGGAUUCAUGAAGGGAAUCUUGCUGCCGCUCUUGGAAUCCGGCACGUGCACGCUCAGGGAGGCUGUGAUCGUCGGCUCCGUAAUCGCGAAGAACUCCAUACCGAUUCUGCACUCCUCAGCAGCCUUACUGAAAAUCGCGGAAAUGGAUUACACGGGUGCGAAUAGCAUCUUUCUGCGGAUAUUUUUGGACAAAAAAUACGCACUUCCGUACAGAGUAGUAGAUGGAGUAGUGUUUCACUUUCUCAGAUUCGAGCGAGACAAGAGAGAACUGCCAGUGCUGUGGCAUCAGGCUCUCCUGACUUUUGUGCAACGAUACAAGAGCGAUAUCAGUUCUGAGCAGAAGGAGGCUCUGUUAGAUUUACUGAGGAAACAGUCGCAUCAUUCAAUCACCCCUGAAAUCAGAAGAGAAUUACAACACGCAAUGUGUAGAGAUACAGAAAUGACAGAACCCAAACCGGAACCGACGUCUCUCUGAAUUACAUUGUACAUAGUACAUUGUACAUUAUUACGAGUACAUUGUACCUAGUGUAUAUAUAUAUAUAACACAAUAUUAAAAAUAUUGUAUACCGUUAUAACGUAAUAUCAUAUACACGCUAAUUAUAAAUAAAAAUUUAUCAAACGAGAUUGA